AUCUAAAUAUCGAAAAGCACCCCAUAAAUUCGAGAAAAUUACAAAAUAACCAUCUUCCCCAAUCCCUGGAUCACAAAGCCACCCACGCCUCCUAAUCCCUAAUCUCUACCUUCAAACAGAACCUAAAAAACCUCCCAAAACCCAUACACACCACAAUAAAGAAUAAUAGAGAUGGAAGACCAACACGAACACGAUGACCAAGAGCAUGAGGUAUACGGCGGAGAGAUCCCCGACGAGAUGGACGCCGACGUUGACACCGACGAUCAGAAUCUCGACCAUGAACAAGAACUCGACGACCCCAACUCUAACUCCAAGGAUUUGGAGGACAUGAAGAAGAGGCUGAAGGAGAUUGAAGAAGAAGCCGGCGCUCUUCGUGAAAUGCAGGCUAAAGUCGAGAAGGAGAUGGGAGCUGGCCAAGAUCCCUCAAGUACUUCAGCAACUCAAGCUGAAAAGGAGGAAGUGGACGCCCGCUCGAUUUAUGUUGGUAAUGUAGACUAUGCUUGUACCCCCGAGGAAGUGCAGCAGCAUUUUCAGUCCUGUGGAACUGUCAACAGGGUGACAAUUUUGACAGACAAGUUUGGUCAACCAAAAGGAUUUGCUUAUGUUGAGUUCGUUGAAGUUGAUGCUGUUCAGAAUGCUCUUCUGUUAAAUGAAACAGAGCUGCAUGGUCGUCAGUUAAAGGUUUCUGCAAAGCGAACCAACAUUCCUGGUAUGAAACAGUAUCGUGGAAGGCGGCCCAACCCAUAUCUUGGUUUCCGAGGUCGGAGGCCCUUCAUGCCUGGUGCUCCUUUUCCUUCAUAUGGUUAUGGGAGGGUUCCCAGAUUCAGGCGGCCGAUGAGGUACAGGCCAUACUAAUGGUGGAUCUUAAGUUAGUACUGGCCACAAUCAUCAGAAAACCAUUCUCUGGUGGUUUAUGAUAAUUGUCAUAUAGUUACUCCUAGAAGCUGGAGGGAGGAAAGCACUUGUAUCAUUAUAUGCCUGUGGCAUCAGUCAACUGGCUUCCUCUCAAAUGGUUUUUCCUAGUUCCUGCAGCAAUGAUAGAUUUAUGGUCGCUUCAAGUUCUGCAUUUUCUUGCUUUGAAAAGAGAUAAGAAGAGGCAGAAAUUCAAAUAUUGUAGUAACCUUUUCUUUUGUUUAAAAAAAAAAAUGUAUCUACGAAUUACUGGUGUCAAAUGGUUCAAUUUUUAAGUUUCUCCCUGUGGAUUAGUUUAAACUUCGAAGGAAUUAAUGUGGAUCAAGUGAUGUUUUCCCAAAUUGGUGGGCUACUUUUACGAUUAUAGUUC